CUGUUGACGAUGUGUGACGAGGAUGACGACGAGGUACUCGUGUUCGAGUGUGGCGCUUCGUUGGCUGCCAGCGCAUUCCCGAAUUUCGAAGAGAUACGCCGCUCUGGGAAAUUAUGUGAUGUGGUCCUUGUAGCCGGCACGCUCAGGUCUUCCCUGUACGCCCAACAAAUAGUUUCAUUGUUACCACAGCUCUUCUUUUGUAUGUACGAUAAUUACAGAUUCAGCGCUCAUCGCAUCGUUCUUGCAGCCACAAUUCCGUAUUUUCGAGCAAUGUUCACCACAGAAAUGGCCGAAAGUCAGCAGGAAGAAAUUCAUCUUAAAGGUCAAUUGGUUCCCACCUUGAUCAGUGGUCAUUUCAUCGCAGCGCUGAAUUGUCCCAUAUUAGCAGCUUGCGGCCUUUCUCUGAUUGUUGUAUCUGAAGCUGCUACGUCACUUUGUGCUUAUCGAUUUGGAGCCGGACACACUGGAGCAGCUGAUUGCGUUUGCGUAUACAGGAAGUGUUCGAAUAACGGUGGCAAAUGUGCAGAGCAUGAUGCAGGCGGCAAAUUUCCUUCAGCUGAAUAA